AUGGCGAAGAAACCUGGUAAGACCCAGAACUCGCAAGCUCAAUCGCAAAGGGCAAGUAAAAAAAAUAAAAUCCCAGCAGACGAACCAAGCCCUUCAUUGUUGCAAGCCAUUGAUCAAGAUCCUGUGUUACCAUUCGAAGUUAAAGAUGGUCCAGAAAGACCUUUUUUACAAAUAGACACAGAGAUCGAUGAGCAAACAGACAAAUCAGCCCCAGAUCGCAAAGAAAAGAUUGUUCAAUUACGUACGAUGAAUACGAAAGUAGAACGUUUGUUGGUUCUCUCUUUAGUACUCAUUGCUUCAUAUGUUAGAUUAAAGAACUUAUCCUGGCCAAACUCAGUGGUCUUCGAUGAAGUUCAUUUCGGUAAAUUUGCUGCUAAAUACGUGAAGAAUCAAUUCUUCUUUGAUGUUCAUCCUCCAUUAGCUAAAAUGUUAUUCGCAUAUUUCUCUUCAAUGGCAGGUUUUAAAGGUGAUUUCUUAUUUUCAAAGAUUGGUGAAGAAUUCCCAUCAGAUACUCCAUACGUUUUCAUGAGACUUUUCGCUGCUGUAUCGGGUCUAUUUACAGUAUUGUUAAUGUAUUUUACAUUAAGAUCUUCCGGUAUUAGAAUGUGGGUAGCCUAUUUAGUUACUCUUUGUUUUGCCGUCGAAAAUUCUUUUGUCACCAUCUCUCGUUAUAUCUUAUUGGAUUCUCCAUUAAUGUUAUUCAUUGCAGCAGCAGCUUAUGCAUUCAAAAAAUCACAAUUGUACCCAGCAUUAAGUUUCAAUGGCUCUAGAUAUCUAUUAGCCACUGGUGUCGCCUUAGGUUUCGCCGUUGCAUCAAAAUGGGUAGGUCUUUUUACAAUUGCUUGGGUCGGUGCUUUGUGUGCUAUUAGGUUAAUGUUCUACUUGGGUGAUUUAACAAUUCCAAUCUCAAAGACUAUUAAAAUCGCUCUCUCUAAAUUGAUCUUCUUAUUGGUGGUUCCAUUUAUUUUAUACGCUACUUUUUUCUAUGUACAUUUUGAAACGCUAAUUAACGACGGUGAUGGUUCCGCAUUCUUUUCUCCAGGUUUUAGAAUGACUUUAAAAGGUAAUAAUAUCCCACAAAAUGUUUAUUCCGAUGUUGGUGUCGGUUCAGUUGUCACUCUAAGACAUUUAGGUACUCAUGGUGGUUAUUUACAUUCGCAUACCGCAACUUAUGAAACUGGUUCAAAGCAACAACAAGUUACUUGUUAUGGUCAUUUGGAUGAUAAUAAUAAAUGGUUAAUCGAAUUAGCAAACAGACCAGGUGUCACAUUAAACUCAUUCCAAAAUAUCACAGAUGGUGAAAAGAUUAAAUUAUUCCACAUUAAUACUCAACAUAGAUUACACUCUCACGAUCAUAAACCACCAGUAUCAUCAAAUAGUGAUUGGCAAAAGGAAAUUUCUUGUUACGGUUUUGCUGGUUUCAAUGGUGAUUGGAAUGAUGACUGGACCGUUGAAAUUGAUAAGAGAAAAAGUACUCCAGGUGAUGCCCAAAAAGUUGUCAAAGCAAUUGAUACUAAAUUUAGGCUAAGACACAGUUCAGGUUGUUAUUUAUUCUCUCAUAAGACUAAAUUACCAAAAUGGGGGUUCGAACAACAAGAAGUCACAUGUGCUCAUUCAGGUAAGCCACAUCUAACUCUAUGGCAAAUCGAAGGCAGUGAAAGUGCUGUUCUGCCAUCGGACUCCAAGCGUACCUCUUACUCUAUUCCAAAUUUCUGGAGUAAAUUCAUAGAGUCUCACAAAGUUAUGUGGAACAUUAACAAGGGACUAACUGCUACUCACGUCUACCAAUCUUAUCCACAAGAAUGGCCUCUAUUACAACGUGGUAUUAGUUACUGGGGUAACCAUAACAGACAAGUUUACUUAUUCGGUAACGCUAUCUUAUGGUGGUCUGUCUCUUUUGCCGUAGUUCUGUUUGCAAUUGUUUCGGCUGUUGAAUUGAUACUAUGGCAUCUAGGAUCUCCUGUCUUAAAUGAGCCACAUGUCAUGAACUACCACAUCCAAUACGUUGAAUAUAUUUUAGGUUUCCUGGCACAUUAUAUACCAUCUUUCUUGAUGCAACGUCAAAUGUUUUUACAUCAUUAUUUACCAGCAUAUUAUUUCGGUAUUUUAGCCUUCGCUCAUGCUUUCGAUAUUACCGUUACUUAUGUCUGUAAGAAAAAGAGAGUUGGUCAAGUUUUAGCUCUAAUUUUUACUAUCGUUGUCGUCGCAUUUUACUAUUACUAUUCUCCAAUCAUUUACGGUACGGAAUGGACUAAAGAACAAUGUAAAAAGACUCAAUGGUUCCACGGUUGGGACUAUAACUGCAAUGGUUUUGUUGAUGAUUUAACAGAAUACGCUACUAUUCCAACUACUACCACUACCACUGCUGCUGAAACUGCUGCUGCCGCUGCUGCUAACUAG